AUGUCCCGGCUCAGUUGGGCAACCACCCUAAGUAACAAGUCCACCCGGAUUGCACUGACCAUCGCUGUUUUGAUCACUGGUCUAUUUGUGCUGGGGUACAUUGCCGAUCCGCUCUUCGACUUGUGGUUUGACCCUCUGGGUACCUUGACUGACGGUGUUGCAAGUGUGUUGACCGACAUUGAGGGCCUGAACCAGCCCUUCGCCGAGGCGCCACAGACUUGGACAGAGCACUUUGCCAAGGGGUUCUUCUCUCUCGGGUUGGUCGGUCUCGUCAAGAGCAUGUUUGCCAUGUCGCCCUGGCAGUGGUUCUACUACCGCGGUGGCGGUCUGAUGGGCGGCCGACGACAAGGCACAGGUCGAGCCCGGGCGGAAAACUUGAGCUGGUUAUUUAUCCUCAUCGGGGCUGUCACCUUCCUGAUGGCAACGUGGCGGUUCGUCGGAGCCCUGAGCGAGCGCUUGUUGAAGAAUGUCAGCGACCGAGUCAUGGACGUAAACGACGACGAUGCAGACGAUGAUGAAGCAGAUGAACACGAGAAAGAUGAGUGA